CGGAUUUGAAGUUGGUACGUGAUGCUUUAGUAGAGGCUGACGUCGCCAUGAAGGAGCUGGCUCAUGGUGGUUGUGUCAUGGAAGAUGCCUCGAUGGAAUUGAUGAAAGCACAGGCUAUGAUGCUCUGUUAAGGCUCUAAAUUCUUUCAUCUUUCUUGACUGAAUCCUUGAAAAGUAUUUUGUUGGGAGUAUUUCAAUUUCCGGGGAAUAGUCAUACUCUCCCAUAUUUAUUAGUUUUUCGAGGAAGAUGCAGUUGAAAGAUGAAUCGCGGACAGUUCUAACUCUGCGGAGACGAAGGAAGCUCUUUAGAGUGUUUUGACCUGCCUGACGACUUUGAUAGCGGCACGGCGGGAACGUUUUCGAUGAGCUCCAGCAUCAGCUUCAAUGCUCUGACGGGUACGGGGUCGGAAACGAGUUCGAGU